AUGGCUGUAACGUUCACACGCUGCCUGUACGCGCAGCUUCUAAAGCAGAAGUAUGAGCCGGAGCGCAUCAUCGGAUGGAACCUGCCUCCUAGGAACCACCCCAAGUUCAAGGCACACGAUCUCGGAAUGAAACUGGCGUGUGGCUUUGAGAUACUUCUGUCGCGCAUAGACAGCCUUCGUAGCAGCAGCAGCGACAGCGACAGCCCGGACUCUAUGGGUCAACAGUCAGAGGUCAGCGACGUGAGGUGGAACAGAUACUUGAGGAAUCUCAAGGAGAAAGGCUACUUUAGGGGAGAGAUAGAGGGAUCGAAGCUUCACCAGCAGCUGUUGUCAACGGCGAGGAAGUAUUACACAACGACCAUCAGCAGGAGCAGAUCGGCAAGCACCAGUCCCGUGGAGGAGGUUGCCAUCGCGUUUGAACACUUGGACUACGACAUGGACGAUUUCAAGAGGCAGGAGAAACACCUGAAGCCUGCGGACAGCGACAGUUGGCUAGACAUCAGUGCACAGGACCUUGAGCAGAUGCUGAACGAAUAUGGCAACAUGGCCGCCAGCAAUGCGCCGACCAACCCCAACCUCGACCUGAACAAGGUGUCAGAGACGAUGAAUGAGUUUGUGAGCAAGGUGUCCGGAUAUGAGGGAGUCGAGGUGCCGGCGAAAGGAAACAAGAAGGCAUCCGGAAAGGUCAACUUUGAUGCAGACGCCUUCACCGAGUCAAUGCAACGAAUACUUGAUUUCUCGAUCCCUCACGACGACACGGAUGGGGAGUCGAGCUCAGGCAUGAGUGGAUACGGCAGCGAGGACGACCUCUUCCACCAGCACAUGCAGAACCUUCCUGAUAAGAACGUUGCAGACGAAAAUCUACAGGAGUAUAUAGAGUUGAUGGACCGUGAACUUGCACGCACGCACGUGGGGCAAAGCUUUGAGCGAGAGCUGGCGCGAACCAACGUGGGCCAGUGCUACGAGCGUGUCGAGACGACAGUCACCGAACACUUUAACACGGACCCUCCUCUCACCAGUGGCAGCGGGCCUCGCAUAGAGGAGGUGUCAUCAGGGCCGCGCAUAGAGGAGGUGUCAUCAGGGCCGCGCAUAGAGGAGGUGUCAUCAGGGCCGCGCAUAGAGGAGGUGUCAUCAGGGCCGCGUAUAGAGGAGGUGUCAUCAGGGCCGCGCAUAGAGGAGGUGUCAACGGGCGACGAUGACUUUGGUGACUACCGUCCCGUCGACGUUGACCUCAAUCUUGUACACAACCUGCUGGAGUCCUACGAUGCGCAGCGCGGCGCGCCCGGUCCCGCCUCCACCAUCAUCGGCUCCAUGGGCCUGCACCUACCACCGAACGAGGAUGACCACUGAACGAGGAGCGGGCAAGGGUGUGGACGGACGAUGGCAUGGGAAACGACGGCGAGGGAUCGUGUGAUGGCUGGCGGAUGGAUGGAUGGAUGGUCGACACAUGCUAGCGAUGCAUAAGCAGUCUGUAAAUAGCAAGUGAUGUAGAAGGAUGCGUUACCGGUGGCCUCGAGUCCCCCGCGUGCGUGCAUGAGUGCGUGCGUAAGUCCACACAUGUAGAGGUCACCUCUCUGUCUGCGUGGUAGAGAUUUGGUGAAGGCAUGAUGCACACGGAGCGAAAGUGCGCGCUGCUCAGUUUUGACGUUUGGAGUCGCGACUCUGUUAGGUUUGAGCCGGCUACAAAAUACAGCGUCAUCCUGUAUUUGUGGGUAAACAUGGUAGAGGGCACGGCUCGGCGUUGCCACGCCACGGUGUGAACAAAUAUUCACGAGUGGUCAGAACGCGUAUGAUGGUGUAUCGCAUAACUCUCUCUCUCUCUCUCUCUCUCUCUCAGUGUGUAAGACACAGUUCUGUUGUAAAGUAGGUUGUGUAUAAGAGAUUGGUUUUUCACUUGUCGAUGCUUUGAUAUUUUUAUCUUGUGGGUUUCGUUGCUUUGCGAAUGUUUGUGCGCCAUGCUUUCACACGUCCUCUGCAUUACUCAGCUGUCUGGUUUCCGAUCGGUCUGACAAGACAUUUCUGCCAUAAUUCCACAUAAUAAAUUUUUUAUAUCAAAUUUUAGCUACGUUUCAUUGACAUAUAAUGUGACUGAUAUCGUGGUGUUUUUCUCGUAUGAAUCGCUAAGGAUGUACGAUUGUGCAAAUGUGACAGAUAGAUAUUAUUUACAGACAUGAUUGAGCAAAUGCUGAGCGAGAAAUACGUGGAUUUGAUGGGGUGUGAUUCUGUAGUAAUUUGUGAGAAAUGAUGUUAUUUCUUUAGAAUAGUGUGAGAGUGUGUGAUUGUAGAGUAAGACCGUGCGUGCGUGCGUGCGUGCGUGCGUGUGUUCGUGUGUGUGUAUGUGUGUUCGUGUGUUCGUGUGUGUGUAUGUGUGUUCGUGUGUGUGUGUGCGUGUGCGUGCGUGUGUGGCCGCGUGUGAAAAUGUUUUAGGAAGUACAAUGUGAUGCUACAACUACUCUUUACAUGUACAUAGUUUUGCAUGUUGGCCAAACAACAUGUCUAAGCAGGUGUUUGCAUGUAGUGAUAUUCGUGCAUAGGCAAUGAUGUAACAGUGAGAAAAUACACUCCAGUUUUUGUCUACGUAGCUUAUGCGUCUCGGGUGUAUAUGCUCAAAGAAGGAUUUUAUGAUAAUCAACAACCCUGCUAGUAUUGGAUGUUUCGUAAAGUUCGUAAUGAUCGUAAGUUCGGCAGAGAAUAUACAAGGCGAACAUGAAGUUACUAGCCGCAUUUAUUCGCUCCUACUCCGUACAGUUCAACGAAGUGAAUUCGUGACAUCACAACUGUUAACUGUAUCAUGUACUUUGUAUGGGUUUAGUGAAAAACGUCUGCAUAAUAGAGCAUCGUUACUGAUCGUACACCUCUUCACGAAGUUUGCGUUUGUGGUUUAGGACGCUGUGGGCGCAUACAUGAUUGCAUGGUAUCUAACGGUGAACAUAGAUUAAACUGGAUAUCCGUCAACCGAAUCACAACUUACCACAUUAUAGUAGCAGUUUACGUUCAUUUGGAACGUUAUUCCAUUCGGAGACUCCACUCCAGGAUAUGCCCAGCGACUAUAUAUAAUAUAGUCUGUUAGUACGUGUAAUCUGAAGAAGCAGCAUUCAACCUCACCUGAAUCUCGUGUCGCUGGUAUGUGUCUACUCUAUGCUUAUGUCAUUACUGUGCAAGGUCUGUAAGUGUAAAUGCAUAAUGCAAGGUGAUGGCAACUGAUUGAUUCUCUAACUGCAUUCGAUUAAUCACUUCAUUGCAAUUCGCAAUUCGUGACUGAGCAUCACAAAGGUCACGGUCAUAUUCAUAGAUACUUGGAACAACGAGUCUUUGUAGCAAAAAAUAUAUGUUUAGGAAGAGGACUUCUUUACGCAUUAACGAAACAUGAUGUAUUUGUGUAUAGCAGACGAUGCAGUCUUGCAUAAGCUUUCCUUAUUGCUACCUAUUGGGUGCAGUCUAGAGUUGUAUCUCAAUGCAUCUAGGUUAACGUGUAAAAUAGCAUAACUGUUUGCUGUGCAAUGUUCAUGUACACCUGCUCGAAAACAGCAAGUCAAAGAUUUGUAUUUUGUUAUACAUUUUUAUGCAUUUUACUUAUUUAAUGGUUUACACUGUAGAUAAUGUAAUACAGUAAUAAUACACAUAUCAAAAUUAACUCAUUAUUCACUAAUUAUGAAAAAGUGACCAGUUCCCGAUGCCAUAGUCAUAUCCAGUGUGGUAUUGAGUAAAAUCAGAAUUUCACGUAUUUCUAAUAUUGUGCUUGCUGAUAUCAAUAAUCGAAAUUCCGUAAUAAACACAAUUAUGUGUAAAAUAGA